AUGAUUGAUCCCGCACAAUAUAAGGUGAAUCGAUUUCUCCAAGAUCUCGGUGGUGAGCAAACCGACUCCACUGAUGAUUUCAGCUACUCCUCUCUGUCACGGAAUAGCGUUGAUGCGGUUGACGGGCACAAACCCGUGCAAAUCCCUACACGACCACAGCAGCGACUCGCCUAUACGCCAGCCGCUGAUCCAUUGCAUUAUGUGUCGGCACAAUCAGCCGCUUUGGCUCUGACUGAACACGCGAAAACGAUAAUGACGCUGAGUGAACAACAGAAUCGACGUCGACAUAAAGAAAUCGAAAAUGUGUACAAUGUUUUCGAAAGGCAU